AUGUCGAAAGAAGGUGACAAAUAUCAAUCACCAUCGCCAACGCAGAAAACUAACACCGAAACUCCUAUCUCAACCGAAUUGGAACAACGAUAUCCUGGUAGUACGGAGAAAGUGUCGGAAGGCCCCGUAGAUAAGGAUACUGGAAAAAAACAUGAGCGACGACAUAUGGUAACAAGUUCAUUGAAGAGACUAGUACAGAUCAACUGCGAUGAAGCCGGCAGAGUUAUUCGACCGAUAGAAGAUGAACCUUACUAUCAUGGAUUCAUGAGUAGAGAGGAAGCGGAAACCGUAAUUAAAAAGGAGGGUGAAUUCCUUGUAAGAAAAACGGAAGUCGGUGGUCGCCGUCAUUUUGUCAUCAGCCUCAAUGAUGAUGGGAAGCUGAAACACUUUCUAAUAAAAAGGACAAGUAAGAAACACCUAUAUUGGGUAAACGACUUUGCAUUCAAAACGAUUAACGAUUUGAUACAGUAUCAUUCAAGAAAUCAUGAGCCAUUAAGUCCUAUCGGUGCAUAUCUGCUCAAACCAUGCCCAAAAAAAGAAUGGCAACUCAAUCCAGAACAGAUAGAGCCGAAGGAAAAAAUUGGCGAGGGAGCUUUUGGUGAAGUCUAUAAAGGAUUAUUGCAGGAUGGAGUCUGGGGCGCACGUAUUCCCGUUGCCAUUAAAACACUUCAUUCUACAAAUAUGACCGCAGAUGAUCGAAUUAAAUUCCUUCAAGAAGCGAAUAUUAUGAGAGAAUUUCGACAUGAAAAUGUGGUCCGUCUACACGGCGUUUGUACAUCAAAAGAGCCCAUAAUGAUAGUAAUGGAGCUGUGCCCCGGAGGCUGUCUGCUCUCACGGAUACAGGAUUUAAAAAAUCAGGUGAGCAUCCGGAUUUACUCGCAAUCGUUUUCCUCCAAAAUCGCGAGCAACGCGAAAAAAAAUCUACGUUUUUUGCCAUCGAUGAUCGAUAAAAUCAACUACGUUUACGGAGCAGCAAGAGGAAUGGCAUAUUUACAAAGUAAAAAUAUUAUACAUCGGGAUGUUGCUGCUAGAAAUUGCUUGUUAGGUGAAGAUGAAUGUGUAAAAAUAUCAGAUUUUGGUCUAUCAUUUAUCGGAAAGACGUUGAGACAAAAGAAAUUGAAAAAAGUUCCGCUCAGAUGGUUAUCUCCGGAAACAUUAAAAAGUGGUGUAUACACGACAAAAACUGAUGUCUACAGUUUUUCGAUAAUGAUUUGGGAAAUUUACUCAUUUGGACAGUUACCAUUCUAUAAAUAUGAGAAUCAUGAACUUCGACCAUUAAUUAUACAGAAAAAGAUAGCUCUGACAACAUGUAUGGGAGAGAUUCCGGCAGAUGUGAAUGAACUACGGCUACGAUGUAUGGAUUAUGAUCCGUCAAAAAGGCCGGAUUUCAUCGAAUUGGAAGCGAUACUCGCCGAGAUGCCAGAUGUGAUCAAACCGAAGCCACCAUCAUUAUGGACUCGAUUAAGUACCAUUAUUAGUGACUAUAUUUAUGGACGAGUUUACACUUGA